CCGGCGUUUUGUUAUGACCAGAGACUAUAAUAAGUUUACGGGAAAAUCCGAUAUUCUUGUAAGGCAGGAGGAGACACUUGACUCGCAAAAUGCCCCUCCCCUUUACAUUAGAAGUCUUUGUGACAUUUGUUUUUUGCGUUUUGUGCGUGCAGUCUAAGAGAUAUGAGCCUAACUGGGAUUCACUGGACUCGAGACCAUUGCCGAGCUGGUACGAUGAAGGAAAAAUUGGAAUUUUUAUCCACUGGGGUGUAUUCUCAGUUCCAAGUUUUAACAGUGAAUGGUUCUGGUGGCAGUGGAAAGGUUCUGCACCAAGAAAACAAGUGGUGGACUUUAUGAAGAAAAACUAUCCACCAGAUUGGACUUAUGCUGACUUUGCCAAGGAAUUUAACCCCCCUGCAGGCAUCUAUAACCCGAUGCAUUGGGCAGAAAUCUUUAAUGCAUCAGGAGCAAGAUACAUUGUCCAUGUGACAAAGCACCACGAGGGAUUUACAAGUUGGCCAUCUAAACAUUCUUUCAAUUGGAACUCUAUGGAUGUGGGACCAGGGAGAGAUCUUGUUGGUGAUCUUGCAAAGGCUGUGCGGCAGUUUCCCAAUCUGAGGUAUGGUAUUUAUCAUUCAUUGUUUGAAUGGUUCAACCCACUGUACCUUAAUGAUGUGAAGAACAACUUUACCACAACAGAUUUUGUUUCAGGCAAAACACUUCCAGAACUGUAUGAACUGGUCAACACUUACCACCCAGAUGUUGUGUGGUCAGAUGGGAGCAAAGGCCCAGACACCUACUGGAACAGCACCCAGUUCCUGGCCUGGCUGUACAAUGACAGCCCUGUGAAGGAUUUUGUGGUGACCAAUGACAGAUGGGGAAAUGGCAUCGCAUGUCAUCAUGGAGGUUUCCUCACCUGCCAUGACAGAUACAACCCUGGUGUUUUACAGAAACGGAAGUUUGAGAAUGCAAUGACCCUGGAUACGAGAUCUUGGGGAUAUCGAAGAGACAUGAAACUGAAGCAAAUACUCAGCAUUGAAGAGGUCCUUGAAACUCUUGUCAUCACAAUAAGCUGCAAUGGGAAUAUUCUGAUCAACGUUGGACCAACCAAAGAUGGAACAAUAGAUCCGGUGUUUGAAGAACGACUCAGACAACUGGGCAGCUGGCUGGGGGUGACUGGUGAGGCGGUCUAUGGAUCUCGACCCUGGACCUACCAGAAUGACACCCACAACUCUGACGUAUGGUACACGAUGAAGUCUAUGGAGACAGACUCGAAGUCUGAGAUGUCAGUGUAUGCUUUUCUUCUGAAGUGGCCGGACUCUGACAUUCUGAAGCUUGGAGCACCCCAAGCAUCAAGCAGCACAGUGGUCACUCUGCUGGGAUACUCUGGUCAACUUGAUUAUGAUUACUCCCCAGGUUAUGGUCUUGUCAUUCAGAUCCCACCCAUACCUUUCAAUAAGAUGCCGUGUGAAUGGGUGUGGGUGUUCAAACUCACAAACAUCGCAAACUGAGUGAAUCCUGCUCACCGAUCUGACUGAAUUUCUUGCAAUUCUGUAUAUAUAAAAUAUGUUAUAAUAAUAGUUUUCAUUUCGAGUAUAGGACAUGACCAUUAUGUGUUAUAUGUCGGGACAGAUGACUUAGUCUUGGAAAGGAAGGCCAAUGAAAAGAAAAAGAAAACUUACAGGAGAAUGGAAGGAGAGUAGAACAAAAGAGAAAAUGUAGAUCUUAAAUGUAGAAAUAUAUUAGUUUGAGAGAUACGUUCAAAGGCUGAAAAAGACGAGGUGAUUUUGUCAUGGCUGAUAAAAUAAAGAAAGACAAAAAA